CCAUGGAAACGGAGGCCAGCGUGGUCCGGGAUGGAGUCGGGGACCGGGCGGCCGAGGGAUGCUCUGGGGGACAGCGAGGGACAGAGCGCCAGGAGAGAACUGUUCUCAGGAGAUACUGAGCCCGCACCAAUCGGUAGAACCUGUUUUAACCCAGGCAAUCCGGUGUUUUCCUGCAUGUUGGCCCCAGAGAAUCUCCACACCUCAUCCUCACUAUCGAAACCCCAAACGAUCAUGUAUAAAACAACCUCGAGUGAUUACGGCGGAUUGACCCCAACGGCCGAAUGUCUUCCCCGCAAAUACUUUCCGAAGGAUCAGAGUUUUUCAAAGGUUCUUAGAGCCGCUGGAAUGUUCCAGGAUAACUCCCUAAAUACCGAAAUCGAUAAAGGCAGGGUCUGUGACGUCGCAAAUUUUCAACACACUUUAUGAAAUCAAAUGUCUUCGGCCGGGGCCUUUUGAAAUCGUCUUCGGCCUGGGAAACUGGCAUUUUCAGCAGUGUCCAAAAUCUUCGGACCACGCCGGGGACAGACGGGGAAAAAAAGAAAAUAAACGUCUGAAGAACCGAGUUUCUAGAAGAGCCAGAUGGAAAGGACAGAUCUUAGAGAGAAUGGAGUUUUUUCCAAAUGUUUGAAAUUGACAGUGCCCCCAAAUUAAAAUCUUGUCAAGAACAACUGAAGUGGCAAAAACUGGUUUCCUCCUCGAAGACAUUUCGUAAAUAAAUACCCCAGAUUUCCCUCUCCACGCAGACACCGAAGUUUUCUUCUCACAUAAGCCCGGGAGAGUAGGUGACAAUGAGUAUUAUCCCCAUUUUACAGAUGGAAUAAAUGAGAGGUCAAAAUCACCUCGUCAGUGGCAAAACUGCAGGUCUCUGCUCAAGGACCCAUUUCUAGAUGACCUUAUCGUGGUGAUCACGCUGGUUCUGAACAGUGAUUCUCCGGGUUAAAUUAUUCUUGAACCUUCCUUUUACGAUUCUUAUAACAACAUUAGCCUCUACCUUAACCAGUGGUUUCCAUUCUAUCCUCUGCUGGGACAUUUUUCUUUCUCAAAUGAACCUUGAAAGAUUCCCCAAUGUCCACAUUUUGAUUCCCAAUUUCAGCGUGGCGGGGUCCGUUCUUAUUCACUGAACUUUUCUAGAUCUCUGAGAAGACACCAAAAGAAUAUCUAACUAAAAAAAUGUACGAGACUUUGCUCGUUUACUCUAAAAGGUUUAAAACCAAGUUUUGUUGUUGCGGGAUGUCUGAAUGUCUAAAGGGAUUGAAUUCACAUCCGUAUGUAACGGAUUAGUCAUUUCAGGGAAACCCUCCCUUUUCUAUGGGACUGAAAAGAAUGAAUUGGGAGUUUGGCUAAUAGUUUUUGGAGUGACUUUUAAAGACAAGCCCAUCCUUUUUGUUGGACAGAGUUGAAAAUGCAGUUUCCUUCCUGGGCCACAUACCAAAAAGCAGUAGAAAAGCGACGUGUAUAAAUAAUAAAAUAUCAAAUUUUA